AUGGCACAACCUGCGAUCUCAGUCCCCACUGGUCAGCCCGACAACUACACGACCGAGACGAGCCAGAAUGGGGACAGCUACGCCGUCGGUAGCUUCACUGUCGACUCGGAUGCCAAAGGCGCCGAUGUCGCACCUCAGGACAGCUGGGGCGUCGAUGCUCUCCAAAGCAACUCCUUCUCCUCCGGAGACUGGAUCGACGUGAACUGGCCCGUGCACAAAGACUGGCAAGAGCUCUCCUCGUCCAUGCAAGAAUCCACAGGACUCCGAGGAUACGUUCUCCGCAGGAUCAACGGGAUCCUGUACGAGUACGAGAUCGUCUUUGUCGACAAGGUGUUCGGGAAGUUCCACUUUCAGGAUGGGGAGGGCGACGUGUAUACGUGUUCUACGUGGACGCAUGGGAUGCAUAGUGUCGGGUUCAAUUCGAAGAAGCCGGGGAUUGUGAGGGUUAAGCGGACGUGA